AUGGCGUCUACAGCAACGACAACCACAAUCUUCCAGGAAACUGGCACUACCCCGGUGCCCAUGCCUGCAUCCCCGACUUCAGAGCAGGCUAACGGGCGCUUUCGACCAUUUGCAAGCUCAACACACCAGGUCACGAAGGGCCGGUAUAUCACCAGCAAUGACCCGCGAGGAUAUAUUCCUGUCUAUGAGUACCCGCUCAACAACCAAUGGAUUAUGAUGGACAUCGACGACGGAUAUGUUCUGUGGACGGGCAUUUGGAAAGCUCUCGGCAACUCCAAAGCUGACAUUGUCAAGAUGGUGGACUCUCAGCCAGAGCUUGCGCGCGUCAUUCGACGUGUCCGUGGUGGUUACCUCAAGAUACAAGGCACUUGGAUGCCGUUCGAGGUCGCGUUGCGACUUGCAAGACGGGUUGCUUGGAAUAUUCGUGAGGAUUUGGUGCCACUUUUUGGUCCAACUUUCCCCAGCACCUGUCUCUCCCCUGACCAGCCUGGCUAUGGCCAGGUCGUCGCCUCUUCUGGCGCCCGACGACGAGCUCGGCGACAACAAGCCCAAUCAACAGCGGGGUCAUCUUCGACGAGAGCUGACUCCUCUUCCGAGCAUCACGGCCAUGGCCAGCCACUUGCCCUUUCGAUGCCUCAGUUGCCGCCCGUCCAGCUCCACCACCCACUCCAACAACUUCCUCUCCCGCCCCAUCCACAGCCAAACCCACACGGGUAUGGGCAAGGCUCCCGUCUCCAUCAAAACCAUACUCUGCAUUCACGAGCGGUCUCGCAGUCGCAUUCGCAGCAUUCGUGGCCCAGCCCAAGGCCCAGCGCGGCUUCAGAUUGGUAUCAAGAUCGGGAGAAGGAGCGCGAGCGCUUGCCAGGGCCCAACUCUCCAUCCCCUUUCGUCAGUCCGGGAGCAAGGUAUUCGCCGUACCCGCUGUCCACCUCCUCGAGAAAGCUGUCGAGCCCAAGCUUGUGGCCGUCAGGCUCACAUUCCAGUUCCGCUCGUUCGCCGCCACUGACACCAGCGCCUCCAUCCCCCGCCUCAAAUGCAAGCAUCGCGUCGAUUCAUAUUCCUCUGCAGCGAUUGCCUCCUAGAACCAAUCCCAGUGGCGCUGGAUAUACGCUGCCUCCAAUAUCUGCCUUUGAAAAUAUUCGAGGAGGGUUGCCUCCGCCAAUCGAUGAUCCACGAACGGUCUUGAAACGACUCCGUGGGGAGGUAGACGACGUUGCGGACGACCAUCGGACAGCGAAGCGCAGUCGAAGUCCAGAAGAAGGGCACCACGGCGUCAAACGGGUGUACUCAGUGCCCUCCCUCCAAAUACCCCCCUCGUCAUUGUCUUCUUCAGGAAAUAUUGCGGUAUCGCCAGUUCAUCGACGCUCUCUCGGCCAGCUCCCUCUACCACCGCAUCCUGCGCCUGCAGGGUUGGCUGGUCGUGAGCGUGAGCAUCAGUUUUUGCGACUGGCGGUACCUCUCAAUCCGCGCUCUUCGUUGUCGGAUUCAAGCGCGAGCGUGAGCUCAAGAGCACCCUCCCCGAUAACUCCUCGUUCUCCCGAUAGCGACGGAGAGCACCAGCAACGGCGCCCUUCCCUUGUUCCGCUAGAGGUCUUGAAAGCCCAUCACCAGACAAAGUCCAAUGCGGGCACCUGGCCCGGACCCGAUUCGGACAAGUCAGGUGCCCGACUAUCUGCCUUGCGAUACUCGUGCGAUGAUGAAGAGGUGGAUGGCCCCGCGACCACCAAGUCCGCCUGGUGA